CCGAACCCAACCCAACCCAAGAGUGGAAACCCAAUUUUACUUUCUCUGUUUCUCUUCUCUCCUCUGUCCGUCUCUUCAAUUCAACAACAAUUGUUGUGUUUAGGAUUCGAUUAGAUUCAUGAGAGUAAUGCACAUUCCCACAAAUUCAAAUUUGUCCUUGUCUAUGUCACAAUUCUCUCGCUAACAAUCAAUCGUGAAUCAAACUGGGAUCUGAAAAGGCAAGGCAUUUGAAUUGGGUGCAAGAUGAUUCAUCUGCUGUUCACGGUGAUUUUCUCGGAGGCGGCAAUGAUUGCGUUGCUGCUUUUCAAGACCCCCUUGAGGAAGUUGAUGAUCAUGGGCUUGGAUCGGUUGAAGCGAGGCCGUGGCCCGCUCAUGGUCAAGACCGUCGGUGCCACUGUUCUUGUGGUCUUGUUGUCCAGUCUCUACUCCAUGUUCAAUAUUCAGAAGCGCGGGAUCGAGGAUGGUGGUGUUGUUAAUCCAACCGAUCAGGUUCUCAUGGCCAAGCACCUCCUCGAAGCAACGCUCAUGGGUGCUGUGCUUUUUCUUGCACUUAUGAUAGACAGACUACAUCAUUACAUAAGAGAACUCCGGGUUCGAAGAAAGACCAUGGAGGCUGUCAAGAAACAAAGCCGAGGAUCUGACGAUGGGAAAGCUGCACAUUCAGAGGAAAUUAGAGCCAUGGAGGAAGAAACAACAAAACUAAGAGCAGAGAUUAACCGUCUGGAAUCUGAGCUAAAGUCAAAAACUAAAGAGGUUGAUGGUGCAGAAGCCAAUGUCAGUGCCCUAAGGAAACAGUCUGAGGGAUUCCUUCUUGAGUAUGAUCGCUUACUUGAGGAAAACCAGAAUCUCCGCAACGAACUACAAUCCUUGGACCGGAGAUUGUCACACUCAGGUUCCAAGAAGAAUAUGUAAGAAACAUUGAAGGAGGCUUCUUCUUAUAUACUUUUCAGGAAAUAGCAGCUUGCUGAUGACUGGUUAUUAAUUUGUGUAAACAUGCUUCUCAACAAAUAGGGUUUCACUUUUGUGUUGAAUUGGGGUCAAUUUUGUCCUGACAAACUGAUUUUUUGGAGUGUUGACAGAAAUAUAGUGCAAAUUUGUUUUA